AUGGAAUACACAGCUUCUCCCAAACCUCAGCUCUCCUCCAGGGCGAACGCCUUCUCUAUAGCCGCUCUUAUGUCCAGCAGUACAGGCAAGGACAAGGAGACAUCGGAGAGUACAAUAAAACCACUGGAACAAUUUGUCGAGAAGUCAUCCUGUGUUCCUCUGAGUGACAUAUCCAGCGUGGACCCUCAUGGGGAUUUCAGCAGUAGCAGUCCUGCCUCUCUGUGUACAGAACCUCUUAUCCCUACCACUCCAAUCAUCCCCAGCGAGGAGAUGGCUAAGAUUUCCUGCAGCCUGGAGACCAAGGAACUAUGGGAUAAGUUCCAUGACCUAGGGACGGAAAUGAUCAUUACCAAGUCUGGCAGGAGAAUGUUUCCUACCAUCCGGGUUUCAUUCUCUGGAGUUGAUCCAGAUGCCAAAUACAUUGUUCUAAUGGACAUCGUACCAGUGGACAACAAAAGGUACAGAUAUGCCUAUCACAGAUCUUCAUGGCUGGUGGCUGGAAAAGCAGAUCCUCCUCUACCUGCUCGAUUAUAUGUGCAUCCUGAUUCUCCAUUCACUGGGGAGCAGCUACUGAAGCAAAUGGUUUCUUUUGAGAAAGUCAAGCUCACAAACAAUGAACUGGACCAGCAUGGACAUAUUAUCCUGAAUUCCAUGCACAAGUACCAACCAAGGGUCCAUAUUAUCAAGAAGAAGGACCACACUGCAUCUCUGCUGAAUUUGAAAUCAGAAGAAUUCAGGACAUUCAUCUUUCAGGAAACUGUUUUUACUGCUGUUACAGCCUACCAAAACCAACUGAUAACCAAACUGAAAAUUGACAGUAACCCUUUCGCCAAAGGAUUCCGGGACUCCUCCAGGCUCACUGAUAUUGAGAGAGAAAGUGUGGAAAACCUUAUUCAGAAACACUCUUAUGCAAGAUCUCCAAUCCGAACCUACGGAGGAGAUGACGAUGUCUUGACAGAAGAUGGCCAGGUGGUACAGAGCAGAGGAUCAGCUUUUACAACCUCUGACAACCUAUCCCUCACCUCCUGGGUAUCCUCCACUUCCGGUUUCCCUAGUUUUCAGCACCCACAAACAUUGUCAGCGCUGGGCACUAGCAGCGCUUCUCUGGCCACACCAAUUCCGCAUCCAAUGCAAGGGUCCUUGCCUCCCUACAGUCGACUCAGCAUGCCACUCACGCCUUCAGCUCUUGCAAGCACCAUGCAAGGUAGCGGGCCCUCAUUCCCAUCUUUCCACAUGCCUAGGUACCAUCACUACUUCCAGCAGGGACCUUAUGCAGCCAUCCAAGGACUGCGCCACUCCUCUGCUGUGAUGACUCCAUUUGUAUAACUGGUACGUUGCACUUGAACACCUAAAUAAUAUAUGACUGAAGCAGUGACAUCAAUUACAGGGUGACCAGUGCAACAAUUCUCACAUGCCACUAUUAUAAGGAACCAAGUGAAGGAUGAGAAGAAGAGCACUAAACCUAUUGAUGUGACUUCACAAUGUAAGCAGCAAUGUAUG